AUAGGAUUUGUUACGACUCUCAGAGUGUAGACUCACAUCAAAACACGAGACAUAAACGCAUUGAAUGUAUUUCUAGAUGAGUUGGUCGGACACCGUAUGGAUGGCCUCGCAGUCGGAGGACAAACAGUUCACUGAACGGCACAACUCGUACCAGAGAAAGGGUGCCGUAAGGCGUCGCGUGUAUCGCGUGAAUGGCCACAAAUUCACGCCAACCCGUGUGUGUCAACCGACCCGAUGCUGCCAUUGUUGCGAGUAUAUCGCGGCACUGCCCGCCGGAGCGGACAGAAUGUGCUACCAGUGCCAGGUGUGCUCGACAUAUGUCCAUAAAAAUUGUCACGAAUUGGUGAUCACAAAAUGUGCCGAUUGUAUGGAUGGCAUUGUCGCACACCAAUCGCUUACCACUUCCAGCGGUCGACUCUUCAGUGUUAAGACAUUUCUGCAAUUAUUUUUAAAUACAAAAUAUAAAAGAUUGGAUUAAAUGGAUGUUUAGUUUUGGUUGUGAUCACUAUUUAACCAAUCGGUCGCUUAACUUACCAUUCAAUGUGCCCUUCAAUUGC